AUGUACGAAUACCGUACAGUGGACUUAGCCGUGGACUCUGCGCUGGCUGCUAAAGCCGGGGCCUUUGCGACCGCUUUCGAGUACACCGACGAACAGGCCACCACCCCCACAGCUGCAUCCCGACUCCGCGGUCGGGGGAGCAUCUCGCAGCAAUCCGACCGUUUCACUCAAUCCCCCCUGAAAAUGGCCACCGGAUAUGCGGUCAGCCCUGAGCCGCCUGCACUGUUCGUGCGGGCGAUGUACGAUUACGAUGCCGACGAUCACACAAGUUUGAGCUUUCGCCGGGGCGACAUCAUUCAGGUCCUUAACCAGCUGGACACUGGAUGGUGGGAUGGAGUCAUUGAUAAUGUCCGUGGUUGGUUCCCCAGUAACUACUGUACCAUCAUCUCAGAGGCGGACGACUUCGGUGAGCACAUGUUACAGGCACAAGAAGAGGAGGACAUGAGCGCAGAAUCGGCACCCGAAGAAGAUUACGGGAAUGGACAUGACGAAGACGACGAGCUGGACUCGGAGGGUAAUCCGCGCGACUCGCUGCCCAUCCUACCGAUCGAAGGUAUUCCGGCGCAACAGGAGCAAGAAGAGGCCGCAUUUUGGAUCCCGCAGGCGACCCCGGACGGCCGUCUCUUUUAUUUCAACACUCUGACCGGAUACUCGACUAUGGAGUUGCCAUUUGAGAACCCCACCGGUGCGAACGAAAAUGGCCCUCGAGACCGAACCAACUUUUUCGUCCCUGACCAGACACGGCCGCCUCCUGAGUUGAUGGCGCGUGGAUUUGAGAGGGACGAAGAUGAGUACGACGGCUCUGCAUCGGAGGCAGAAGGAGAGUCGCUGAUGCUGACUUCCCGUGACUCUAUUUCUCGUCGUCGUCAGUCCUUGGUGGACGGGGUCUCGCCUGCUACCUCCAUGGAUUCAUUAUAUCCUCCAGGGCCAAAGGAUUUCAAACCUUCGCAAAUGAGCAAGAGCCCUCAGCCAUCAUUCAGCAGCGCCGGAGGCACCAGUGCCAACACUUCUGUCGCCGAAAUCAUCUCCCGACCUUCAAUCUCUUCAAACACGCCCUUGCACUUCGUAGAUGACGGCUUUAUCCCGCCUGUGGCUUGGCCCACGUUGGUUGAUAACAUGCGUUUUGCUGUCGAAGGCUACCGUCAGACUCUCCUUUCUGGCGAACGUUCAGAGUAUGUAAGAAAGGCCGAGGAUAUUUCUGAUCACUUGCGCAUGCUUUUGGCCGCUGGGUCGGAUACUACCGACAAUCAUUCCGGCAAUCCGUCUAUCAUCUCCACCAACAAAGCGCUCUAUCCCUACUUCCGAGACAUGAUGUCAAAAUUCUCGAAAUUGGUUCUAUCAUCACAUAUCGCCGCCGCCGACUGGCCUGGCUCUGAUUCAGUUAACAAGUGCCUUCAAGAAGCCGAUGGUGUCAUGCAAGGAGUGUACGGUUAUGUUGAUGUUGCCCGCCAGCAAUGCGGGGAUAACAUUAACAGGAUCGUUCCUGGCUUUGUCAGUGGUAGCUCUUGCGGUGGCAGCUGGCAAAACAAUGGAGUUUCUUUGAAUGCAGCUGGCCCCACAUCUUUCCUCGUCCCCGAGGGGGGUGAUUCACGAACUGAGCCGUCUGUUUCUCUGGACUCUGCCCUUUUGGAUCAUAUUGACAUCCAAAGGAGGUCAUUUGUGGGUUGUAUUCGUCGACUAGAAGAGCGAUUGAUAGUGAACCAAAAGAUCGUCACCGUGAGCGAGCAUGCAGAGAUCGCGGAUGCUGUCUCAGCCGCUGCAAUCAAGGUUGUUGAGCAGUUCCGUCCGUGGAUCUCAACUGUGGAGUCGAUCAACCUCGUGCCCCUCGGCACCAGCUUCCAGAAUCCUCAACUGGUGGAUUUCAGCUUGCAGAAGCAACGGGUUUAUGAUGGCAUUGGCGACUUCAUCUUGAGUUGCCAAGCAGUCUCUGCUCCUCUUCCUGAUGAGUGGGCCGAGCUUCGAGGUGAUUCUCUUGAUGACCGAAUCACUGCUGUGCGAAGUGUGGCUAAGCAAGUGGAAAAUUAUGUCUCUCAGAUUGGCUUUUCGCUAUCUCUGCUUCUUGAACAAAUCCCUGAUGAUCAAUCGUCCGUUACUCGAGUCGAUAGUCGCCUAGAAGAGGAGGAUGAGUCGCUUAGCAAGACUAGCCACAGUCGCAGUGAAUCCAAAGCCAAUAUCUCCUCAGAGUCCAUUGGCAUCCCAUCUUCCUAUGCCCCCGGAAAGGAACCUGGGAAGGUGCGCCGCAACAUGGACAAGGCUCAGAGGUUCUUUGGACAAGCGCCACCUACAACCGUCACCCGUGAGCCGGUUCAGCAAGAGCCCGUAAGAGAACCUGAAGAGACCCCGUGGUUCCUGAAGAUGGACCACGAGGCCGAAGUGUUCUACGAUACUAAGAGUGACUCUCCUAUUCUCAAAUGUGGAACACUUUCGGGCUUGGUCGAGCACCUUACACGCCAUGACAAGCUUGAUGCAUCCUUCAACAACACUUUCCUCCUUACCUAUCGCUCCUUUACAACUGCCUGCGAACUUUUUGAGUUGAUUGUGCAGCGCUUUAACAUUCAGCCUCCCUUCGGCUUGAAUGCCGAUGACAUGCAAAUGUGGGUCGAUCGCAAACAGAAGCCUAUCAGAUUCCGGGUGGUCAAUAUCCUUAAAAGUUGGUUUGAUCACUUUUGGAUGGAACCUAAUGAUGAAGUGAAUAUGGAUCUCUUGCGUCGUGUACAUGCUUUCACCAAGGACUCCAUUGCCACAACUAAGACUCCGGGUUGUCCUACUCUCCUUGCUGUCAUUGAACAGCGACUUCGCGGUCAAGACACAACUGUGAAGCGCCUUGUUCCAACCCAGAGCAAUUCCGCCCCGCCAUCUAUCAUCCCGAAGAACAUGAAAAAGUUGAAGUUCCUUGAUAUCGAUCCCACCGAGUUUGCCCGACAGUUGACUAUCAUUGAGUCUCGCCUUUACUCAAAGAUCCGGCCUACCGAGUGCUUGAAUAAGACUUGGCAGAAGAAGGUUGGCCCGGAUGAGCCCGAGCCAGCUUCUAAUGUCAAGGCUUUGAUUCUUCACUCGAACCAGCUGACCAACUGGGUCGCUGAAAUGAUCUUGACACAAGGCGAUGUCAAGAAGCGCGUGGUGGUCAUCAAGCACUUCGUCAAUGUCGCUGAUAAAUGUCGCGCCCUCAACAACUACUCCACCCUCACAUCCAUCAUAUCCGCCCUUGGAACAGCUCCUAUUCAUCGGCUGGGCCGCACAUGGGGUCAGGUCAGCGGCCGCACUUCUGCAAUUCUAGAGCAAAUGCGCCGACUGAUGGCCAGCACGAAGAACUUUGGCGAGUAUCGUGAAACCCUGCAUCUUGCCAACCCUCCCUGUAUUCCAUUCUUCGGUGUCUAUCUCACGGAUUUGACAUUUAUCGAAGAUGGUAUUCCAUCCCUUACGCCAUCAGAACUGAUCAACUUUAACAAACGGGCCAAGACUGCCGAGGUCAUCCGGGACAUUCAGCAAUACCAGAAUGUGCCCUAUCUGCUUUCGCCAGUCCCCGAACUUCAAGAUUAUAUUCUCAGUAAUCUACAAGCCGCUGGUGAUGUUCACGACAUGUACGACCGGAGUCUUGAAAUCGAACCUCGGGAGCGCGAAGACGAGAAGAUUGCAAGAUUGCUUUCUGAGUCAGGUUUCCUGUAG